CCUCCCUGUCCGUCUAUCGCCCUGACAGCAGCAGCCACAACACCGACCACAGAGGCAGCACCGUGUGCGCCCCUCUCUCCUCUCCUCUCCUCUCCUGCCCCGGAGCAGGACGCGUCCUCAUUUUACUCUGCAUCAUGUAACAUACAUCCGGUACUUGCUGCUGGAUGUGACAUAUAUUCAUCCUCUGUGUGACAGCCUCGUCUCCGUGGAUCUCUAUAACGAUUGACAGGAGGACCCAUGGGCGCUGCUGUUCGGAUGCACCCUUUGCGCUGCGCUGCUCUGUGGUGACCGGGCUCGCCUCGGGUGCGUGCGGGGUUGGUGACCCAUCGUCCAAAAAAACCAAAACCUCGUUCAUUCUCGGAUUAUUGAACCUGUGGGGUCGAUACGGAGUAAAAAAAAGAUGGGGAGCACGACCUCCUGCUGCGUGUCUGCCAGCCCCAAGCUCCGCAGAAACGCUCACUCCAGGCUGGAGUCGUACCACCAGGAGUCGGAUCUGAGCAGGGAGGAGACGGGAUGUAACCUGCAGCACAUCAGCGACAGGGAGAACGUCGACGAGUUGAAUAUGGAGUACAAUCCAUCAGACCAUCCGCGGGCGAGCACCAUCUUCCUCAGCAAAUCCCAGAACGAUGAGUUGCCCUUCAGGAACGUGCGAGAUAAACGGAAAAGCCUUUUCAUCAAUAAUCAUGGCACGUCCAGGAGGAAAUACAGCUCCUGCUCCACCAUCUUCCUCGACGACAACACGGUCAGCCAGCCCAACCUCAAAUACACCAUCAAAUGUGUAGCAUUGGCAAUCUACUACCAUAUAAAAAACAGGGACACAGAUGGAGCGAUGCUGUUAGAUAUAUUUGACGAGAAGCUUCAUCCUCUUUCAAAAUCGGAGGUGCCACUGGACUACGACCAACACGACCCUGAGCAGAAGCAGAUCUACAGAUUCGUCAGAACUUUGUUCAGCGCCGCUCAGCUCACGUCUGAGUGUGCCAUCGUCACACUGGUGUACCUGGAGAGGCUCCUGACCUACGCAGAGAUCGACAUCUGCCCGGGUAACUGGAAACGGAUCGUUCUGGGUGCGAUCCUGCUGGCCUCAAAGGUCUGGGACGAUCAGGCCGUCUGGAACGUUGAUUACUGCCAGAUCCUCAAGGAUAUCACGGUGGAGGAUAUGAACGAGUUGGAGCGCCAGUUUCUGGAGCUGCUGCAGUUCAACAUCAACGUGCCGUCCAGCGUCUACGCCAAGUAUUACUUUGAUCUGCGAUCGCUCUCAGAGUCCAACAACCUCAGCUUCCCCCUGGAGCCGCUCAGCAGGGAGAAGGCCCAAAAACUAGAGGCUAUUUCCAGGCUGUGUGACGACAAGUACAAGGACGUCCGCAAAGCUGCGAGGAAGCGCUCGGCCAGCACGGACAAUCUUUGUGGGAUCAGAUGGGUUCCUGCCAUCCUCUCCUAACCAGACGCCAUGAAACUGAACACUGGCAUGACACGCUGGUUUCGAUGUGAGAACUCCUACACACGCACACACACACACACGUUGGUGGAAUUAGACCAGCAUGGUUUAAAAACUUCCAGAUAAAACAAAAAAACAUGGAGCAGCGACUGAAAACUGAAACCAAAACUGACUGUCUUAGGAGGGGGAUUAUUUUGCCUUCACAGUGCCUCAACUCUUCUAUUAACACAAGAAAGAAAAGAAAGGAGUUCCAGGUUGUUUUAUCAUCCUCGGGGAAGAAUCCAGCUACGGACCAAUAAACACAAUCCUGGAGGAGAAAGCCUUGAAAAACUUUUCCAGGACAUGGCUUUGUGAACGUGUCUAAAUGUAUCAGCACUGAUCAGUUUUCUGCUUUUCUGUCCGGACUGAAUCUGACACGACCUGCCUCCGAGACGGCCUUUCAACCCACACAGUGAAGCUUAUUAUUAUUUAUUUGACUGAGCAGCCUGGACUCUUAAGUACUUUCAGACUUUCAAAAAAACAGUAGCAUAGCACUGGAAUUUUUACCUGGUAUUUAUUUCCUUUUACAGGUCUUAGAAUAAUAAAAAAAAGUAUUAACAAGUUGA